AUGGCUGGGAAUGGGGACGCCUCGUUGCGUUCUCAGCUUUCAACAACACGCAGCGGAGGUUCACGACGGACGCCGGAACUGAUGCUACUCGAUAUACCCCUUCCAAGCAGGAAGUCUGGGCAGUCGAUGACCCGAUCUAGCUUAACUGAUGAGAAGCGUUGGGGGCCGACACACCAGAGUGGUCCGAGCUGGCCCUCCAGCGAAAAGCAUGAAAUCCUCCAGGAACCCCUUCUAAACACAGGAUGUCUACCCGUGAGAACUGUUCCUGCGUGGGUGCAAAGUGCAUCCCAGGCCAAUAAAUUGGGCAUUUCCCCGCAAUCGGCGCCAAUUCUACCUGGCGGAGCGCGCGUCGCAGACCACCACUUUUCUAUAUCGGAAAACGCGAGAUAUGAAGGGUAUGGGAUUAGCAAUGACGGUCGGCUCCAGUCAAGAUGGAAACCGUUUGUUCAGUCCACCCUACACACUCAAACGACGGCAAUGAGCGGAGAAAAAGUGGACGACAACUGGUUAGACACGCACUUUGGAGACUAUUCUAGACCAUGGCAAGGCAAGACUGAUGAAACGGAUUUGGAGAGCGGGUUCGGCAAUAUGAGCCUUACUCAGAGGCGGAAAAAAUUCACCAAGCGUUUCCAGCGAACCAUUCUGCAAAGCCCCAUGGUCCCCCUUAUUAUCCGGCUGACCGUUUUCAUAUAUUCUGUCGCCGCACUAGGCCUUGGAGGCUCCAUCCGUCAUUACGCUACAAAGUAUGACCACCCCCAGGGGCCAUCUGCAGAAAUGGCAAUCAUUGUCGAUGCAGUGGCUCUUGUUUAUCUUGUCUACAUUACAUACGACGAGUACACGGGAAAACCACUUGGCCUGCGAGCGCCAAAAACUAAAAUGAGGCUCCUCUUUUUGGAUCUCGUUUUCAUUGUUUUUGGGUCAGCAAAUUUAAGCUUAGCUUUUGAAUCUCUAUCGGAUGUGACGAGUUCGUGUACAUCUGCGAAGGUGAAUGACAGGUUUGAUCCCAAGAACGAUACAAUAUGCGAAAGACAGAAAGCGCUAGCAUCGGUACUGCUUCUUGCAUUACUUGCAUGGCUAAUGACCUUUUCCAUCAGCGUCCUCAGGGUUGUGGAACGGGUAGCCGCAAAGUAG